CGGGGCGGGGCCUGGCCCUGGCGGGCGGAGCUCCCAGGCGUCCGCCGGUCCGGCAGGCGCUGGCCCCCGCGCCGAGCUCUGGGGCGGCGGUGGUAGGUGAGAUCUUCGGGCCGGAGAGGGCGGGCAGAAGGCGGCCUCUGGCCCCGGCCGGGUUCCGUGCUCGCCCACCCGGGGAAGGACGCUGUCGCUGGACCUGGGAGCGGCGUGAGGGCAGCCCCACCGCGACCCCGGGACCGCCGGGACUGGUCGCCGGCCUGCCGGUUGCGGGGCCGCAGCGAGGGCGCGCCCCUUCUUCCCUCCCUCCCCGGUUCGUGCCCGAGCUCUGCUCGUACCCACUCUGGCAACUUCCUGACUCCCAGGUAGGGGGGAGCCCCUGGUCAGCACCGCCAACUGCCCCAACACGGAACGCUCGGCCGGCGUGGGAAACAAGGCUGGCCCGGGGCUCUCUCCCCGCCCUUGGGGCGUAUCUGCUCCAAAUCCGUCAAGCAGAACUGCUAUGGAAUCUGGGCCAGACACCUCUUAAUGUGACUCAAAGCCGCAAGCCAUACUGUUAGGAUAGGGAAGAGCUCUGCCAUCAAAGAAGACAACACAGGGCCAGGCCUCACCCAUGGACCCUUCCCAGGACCACCCGGCAGCACCAGCAGGGCUUCUCUCCUAAGGCACAGCACACCUGGGCACACCAUCCUUUGGUAGCAGCCAUGGUGCUUAGGAGGGGCAGGGGCAGCACCCAGUGGUGGUCUGGCCUGGGAGAGGGUGAUGGUUGCCCAGGUCUCCUAGGCAUGCUCAGGGCUGCCCUGCUGCUUCUCAGCCUGCCAUGUGGGGCCCAGGGAAUAGCCAGUGCCAAUCUCAGCACAGCUCUGGGCGAUACCAUGCCACUGACAGGGGGCUGCUACUUGAGCAUUGGGGAUGGCUCUGUCAUGGAGUUUGAGUUCCCAGAGGACAGCGAGGGCAUCAUUGUGAUCUCAAGUCAGUACCCAGGCCAGGGUAACACAACAGGGCCCAGCCCCAUGCUGAGGGUCACCUCCCUUGACGCAGAGGUGCUGACCAUCAAGAAUGUGAGUGCCAUAACCUGGGGUGGUGGGGGCGGCUUUGUGGUGAGCAUCCACUCAGGCCUGCCUGGACUAGCCCCACUCCACAUCCAGCUGGUGGAUCCCCAUGAGGCCCCAUUCAUGCUGAUUGAGGAGCGGAGAGAUUUCUGCAUCAAGGUCUUACCUGCUGAAGACACCCCUGCCACCCUUGGCACCGACCUAGUCCACUUCUCAGAGAACCCAAUACUCUAUUUGCUCCUGCCUCUUAUCUUUGUUAACAAGUGUACAUUUGGGUGCAAAGUGGAACUCGAGGUUCUGAAGGGGCUCCUGCAGAGCCCCCAGCCCAUGCUGCUGGGUCUCCUGGGCCAGUUUCUGGUCAUGCCCUUUUAUGCUUUCCUGAUGGCCAAGGUCUUCAUGCUGCCCAAGGCCCUGGCUCUGGGCCUCAUCAUCACCUGCUCGUCACCUGGCGGCGGGGGGAGCUACCUCUUCAGCCUCCUCCUCGGAGGGGAUGUCACCCUGGCCAUCUCCAUGACUUUCAUCUCAACAGUGGCUGCCACUGGUUUCCUGCCCCUGUCCUCAGCUGUCUACAGCCGUCUGCUCAGCAUUCAUGAAACACUCCACGUGCCCAUCUCCAAGAUCCUGGGGACCCUGCUGUUCAUCGCCAUCCCCAUAGCAGCAGGGGUGGUGAUCAAGUCCAAGCUCCCCAAGUUCUCCCAGCUGCUGCUGCAGGUCAUCAAGCCCUUCAGCUUUGUACUGCUCCUGGGUGGCCUCUUCCUGGCCUACCACAUGGGGGUCUUCAUCCUGGUGGGUGUCAGGCUGCCCAUUGUAGUGGUGGGCUUCACAGUGCCUCUGGUUGGCCUCCUGGUGGGCUACUGCCUGGCCACAUGCCUGAAGUUGCCAGUGGCCCAGCGGCGGACAGUUAGCAUUGAGGUAGGGGUGCAGAACAGCCUGCUGGCCUUGGCCAUGUUACAGCUGUCUCUCCGCCGCCUUCAAGCUGACUAUGCCUCCCAGGCCCCCUUCAUUGUGGCAUUGAGUGGCACCUCAGAGAUGCUGGCCUUGGUCAUUGGCCACUUCAUCUAUAGCAGCCUGUGCCCAGUUCCUUGAGGCCCCUGGGUCAAGCUUUUGCCACCCCUAGCCCCUACCCUCCCACCCACUGUCCCCACAGUUCUUGUGUACCAAAGGCCUUUAGUUCUCAUGCACUAUGCACUCAGAAAAAUUCAGGCGUAUUUUUUUUACUGGUUUUUUUAUUCUCCAGCUUUCAGUGCCAAAGAAGCCACACUGAGUUAGGUAGGUGGGUACUGCCCAGAAAAUACAUUUCAAUAAAAGAGAAGCAAGCUUG